AUUUCAGAAAUCGAAGCACUUGGCCUAAAUUUAAAAAAAUGACACCUUUAGCUUCUUCUUACUCUAUGAGUGGCCUUUCUUCAAACAACGUGUAUCGCUUUUUUUACAUUUGAAUUUCAAAUUUAAAUGCUGAGAUCCAAAAACAGAGAGACAGAUAAGAGAGAUUACAUGCCAUAAAAAAUCAUUUUAAGUAACGGCACAAUAAUUAUUCUGUUGAUUUUUUCAGGUUCCAUUCUUGUUAUUUUCUAGCCACACUGAUGAUGGAAGACUCAGCUUGUCUUAUACAUGCUUUCUCUUAUGCUUCUGCUAUACCCAAUGAAAUAAAACAGGGGAACCCUGUGCAUGCACUUGGGGAGUCAAUUUCUUUUGGGAGAUUUGUGUCUGAGUCAUUGGAUUGGGAAAAAUGGUCAACUUUUUCUCAUAAAAGAUAUGUAGAGGAGGCUGAGAGGUAUGCUAAGCCAGGUUCUGUUGCCCAGAAAAAAGCUUUCUUUGAAGCCCAUUACAAGAAAAUUGCUGCCCAAAAGGCUGCAGCUUUGCUUGAACAAGCCAAUCAAGAAAACCCCAAUUCUGAAAUCACCAAGAAUUCAGCCCCUGAUUCUACUUCACUUGUAAAACCCCGUGUAGAAGCUAAUCAAGAAGAGGUUCAUGAGAACCCUGAUGCUGUAACAACAGAUUCCAUGGUUAAGGAUUCAGUUUCAGUUGCUGAUGCGGAGGAGAUAGAGAGUGAGUCCCCAGUGGAGGGUCCUGGUACUCCUGAAGCUACAGAGAAAGAACCAUCAAACCAAAUUGAGAAUGGUGAAACCCAAGAAACAGUUUCAGGUUCUGAGAUUAGUGAAACAUCUCAUACUGAGAAGCCUUUGCUGAAGAUUAAGCAGAGCUCCAGCUCUAAACUUGAGGAUGAUCCUGCAUCGGUGACAAGCAAGAAAAAAUCUGCUUUUUCUUCAUUCAAAUCAGCAGUCUACUCCAAAAAAUCAAAAUUUCCAUUUUCGCCUUCUAGGCAUAACAUUCUUCUUGAUGUCGAUAAAGAGAACAAUUUUACACCAAUCACAACAAAUUCUAACUUGGACUUGAUGAAUGAAGUGAGAUCAACCCCAAAAUCUUUGAACAAGUUGAUCAACUUUACUCCUGCCAAAGAGGCACACAAGAUACCUCCUCCACCUCCCUUCCUCAAGAAGGAAAGUUCAAAGGUUGCUCCCACUACUAGCAAGGCGGCAUCUAAGCAGUGUGCAACUCCUCUUAAGACUCCUAUGGCAACAUCAAAUGGUGCAUCAAACCGUCCCAUGACAACGCCAUCUUCAGAAAGCAGAAGGAUUAAAACACCGAUUCAUCCCUCAGCUUCAGGAAGUAGAACAGCAGGGCCUAAAUGGAACAUUUUGUCUUCUGUUUCCAAGUCUUUCACAGCCUACCGAAACAAAUUACAAUCACCAACUUUAUCCACUCCUUUCUCUUUGAGGACAGAAGAAAGAGCUACACGAAGGAAACAGAAGCUUGAAGAGAAAUUCAAUGCCAAUGAGGAAAAGAAAGUUCAACAACAAACCACAUUAAAGGAGAAAGCAGGAACGGAACUUAGGAGACUUCGACAAAGCUUUUGCUUCAAAGCUCGUCCCCUGCCUGAUUUCUACAAGGAAACAGAAACAGCAAAAGAUCACGCAAAAAAGAUCCCAGUAACACAAACUCAAUUGCCCAAACGUGGAAGAAUGCCAUUUCCCAGCUCAAAGCAAGGCUUAGUCUCGAAGCCAGCUUCUUCAUCUUUGGCGAAGAAUGACUCUUGCAAGAAUCCAAGAAAGAAGACUAGCUGAAAAAACUCACAAAUCUUCACUCCUUGCAAAGAGUAGUGUCUUAUUAGAAUGUGUUUCAAUUGGGUAUUUCUUCCAACAGAAUGAAUGUUUUGGAGGUGUAUGAAUGUGUCUUCCCUUAAUAUGAUUCAAGGAGAAGCAACUCCAAAAUCUUGUAUAAAAAGCUAUCUAGAGAGGUUCUCAAGUCAUUUUAAAAAUAUUUUGUCCUCUUCAUACAUUCAAAUUGCCUUUGCAGCUCAAAUUUAAACUUAAAAGUU